UGUGAAACUGCGACGGCUAUUCGUUGAAGAUGUUUAUCUUUAAAUAUCUGAUGAUGUAUUUACACGUACAGGUGAGGUGAAGCUAGAACCAAAUUCAGAGACUACGGGCAGAAUGAGAGCGUACCAGGAAAGGCUUAAUUCACAGAUGUGAACAACCACAGAUCUCUUAUGCUGUGGGGUUUAGAUGAAGAAGCUCAGGGAUGAAGAUCCAUGGGAAGAUCCUGCAUCACUACCUGUCCUGUAGUGCACCUGUGGUUAAGGAGGGCUUCCUGUACAAAAAGGGUGAAGUGAACACCUCGUAUCAGAAGCGCUGGUGCACCCUCAAAGGGAACCUGCUGUUCUACCGGGACCGCCCGGGGGACAGGGAGAUUUUAGGGGUCAUUGUGUUGGAGGGCUGUUCCGUACAGCUGUGUGAAUCGGAUGAGCAGUUCGCCUUCUCUCUGGUGUUCAGCGAGACUGGCCUGCGCACCUACAAAUUCUCAGCCGAGAACCAGGACAGCCAGGAGGGCUGGGUUAAAGCCCUCCACUCAGCCAACCACAGCUUCCUCUCCAUCCUCCUACAGGACCUGCGCCAGCAGUACCAGGAGACGGCAAAAGCGUUGGGAGUUAAACCGGUGGACUGUUCGUGGCUGGUGAAAGAGAGCAUGCCUCAUUCUCAGAAGCCAUAUAUAACCUCCAUGUUUUACACUGUGCCAGGUGCAAAAGAAUCAAGGGGUCCCGGAAACAGCCAGCACCUUCAAAUUCCACCCACCAGUGCCAAGCACCCCGGCAAACGCUCCCCAAAACUCUGGCCUAAACGGCACGCUCAUGUCACGCCCCUCAACGGCCCAGCACCGCCCCUUGGGGAAUGGUCAGAGCCCACAGAGGAGUUCAGCAAAUUGCAUGAGGACUUUGGCAAGGAGGUGAGGCAACUGGUGGCCGAGUGGCAGAAGAAGAGGCGGGAAACAACGGCCUUGCCAGAGGAAGAUCUGAUUGAUUUGGGUUGAAUUGAUAGAAUAAAAUCUAAUUUACACAAUUUUCCCUUUUUCCAGAUGAUGGUUGAUAAGCCACUGGUUGUGUUUACUUGGAAAGAUUUUCACCAAGCCGAUUCAAUUCAUUUCGAUAAUUAUUAAUUACAGACAAAGGUGUUUAUGCGCACUCUACUCAACAGUCUGAGGAAAAUCUCUGUUUCCGUGCUCACUACAAGUAAACAGAUCCAAAAUUAUGUACAUGUGUAGAGAACCGCUUAGUCAGUAAGAGUGAGAUGAGCAGCAGUGAGCAGUGCUUGUGUUUUUAAUUACUUUACUCAGGAAAAUAAGCUGGACGUCCGUCCCACCGCCGUCUUUUAAAGAUCAGAGCGUAAACUUCAUCUCCUCUGCAGACCAGUUUCUGCUCCGCCAUUUUGAACGGUGUAAACCUUUCACUAUGCCACGACGCACAUGCAGAACGGACUUCAACUUUCCAAUAGGGAAUAUAAUCAGAUACAUGUGUUUACACGGAUAUUAUUCUUCUAUUUAACAGAUUAUUUACAGCAUUACCCACCUCGUUCAGUUGGACAGAAAUUGCAUUCCAAAUGGCCUCAAUCAGACUCGUCUAUUCCGAUUAAGGUGUACACAUGGACGUAUUCUAUUCCAAUUGAGCUAUUAGUUGGGUUGUUAAGAGAUUAUCAGGCUGCAUGUAAACAUGGCUGCUGUGUUUGAUGCCUGAAGUUUGCUUUAAUUUUGCACUGGAGCUACAAGGUUAAUGUAGCUAACAAAUAAUGACCCACCAGUUAGUAUCAUGCAUGUCUACUUAAUCACAAACGUAUCAUAGACUUGAUAUGAUGUGGUUUCUAACACUGUUUGACAUCUUGAAGCCUGAAUUUUGUCCAUGUUUAAGACAACAGCAUUGAAAACCACAUAAACAAGUUCACAUAUUGGGAGUUUGUGUAGUGCUAAUUGGUGGGGUAUAAGCUUCCGUUGUAUAUCAGUGCAAAGCUAAAGAAGCAAAAUUUGGACACCUUGGAUGAAUGUUUUGCCUAUUCAACUACAUUUGGGGGAAAAUUGUGUACAUUUGAUUUCACUUCUAGCAGCAAGAAGGAACAUGACAAAAACUCUUGGAAAUGUUAUAAAAUCUAUUUUUGUAGAGCUUAUGUGGCUUUUCAACUUGAAAAAUGUCCACAGCGCAUCAAAAGAUUGGAGACACAUAGCUUUUAAAAAUGUUGUAAUACAUAAGCAUGCUUUCUUUGGCAAAUUUUAGAUCUUCACUCAGGUGUUUCAACCAAAAGGGUUUCAAUAUGUGCUUUGAGCACAGUUUGGAAAGAAAACUGUCAGAUCAUUAUUUAGGCAAAUCCUGCUCAUCAUACCAAAGAAGGCAUUAUGAUGAACUUGAAGCUGAGGAUUAGCACCAUAGAUAUACAUACCCAGGUGCCACGCUGGGUCCAGCCAGGCACGUCAAUGGCGCCACCGUUUUGUGGAGGUCAACAUUGCAGCUGGACUGCAUUCAGUACCUUUACAGAGCAGAGAUACUGAGACUAAGAAAGAUACUGUCUAAAAUGAUACUAUUUCAAGAAUAUUGCUCUCAGAAAGUGGGAUAGGGUUAUAUAACGGAGGGAACGCAGUGAUCCACGCUCAUGUCUGUGUGAUGUUUAUGUGUAGAUAUGGCCAUAUGGUUGGUGAUGCACAGAGAACAUGUGGAUGUGAUUGUUUUUCCUCUGGUUUUAUAUUAAGCUUAUUUCAUUUAAUAGUCUGUUCAGGGGGUCUUAACUUUAGUAGUUGGAUAUUUACAGUGAUGGUUAAAGCUUUGUAGCUGGGUAAGUUAUAGCAUUCCUUAAUCCGUGUAGAUAUUCUUGUUUGGUUUUUCCCGUUCCACCUUAAAUGGUGCAGCUUCAGACACCACAAAGUGACUGCUGCAUGAUUUAAGGCAGAACAGGAAAACUCAAGAAGCUGGCGAAUAGGAAGCCGACUUCAGCUUGACUGAAGAUGGUAACUAAACAGAUUUGGUGAAAAUCGGUUGAGUAAUAAGGAAGUUGUGUCCGAUUUAAUCCUGAGACUCUUUGUCUCUCAAUACAAGUGAAUCUGUUCACAAGCGGAUCUUGACCUCUCCAACAUGGCGGACGCGCAGACAUAUCGCCUCAGAUGGAGAACAGACAACGUGGCAUCUUGGCAUGUAUAUUUGCGUUUAGCACGUGGCUGUUUUUCUAACUUGAUUGAUUUCCGCUGAUGCUUUUUAAACAUGACUCCGAUCAUUUUUAAAGAAGGCGACGUGUCCGUGAACCUUUCACAGGUGGUGUAGACUGAAUGACUGCUAUCAAUGCUGAAACUGAAGGCUUUUUUUGUGCGGAUGAGUUUUGUAUGCGUGUCAUUGAUUCACUUAAGAAAAAUGAGUAUCUCCAAAGUAGUAUCUUUACAGAAGAGGGCAAAAAUGUUCUUUACUUUCAAUGUAAGUUAAUGGAAAAAAGUUUUUAUUCCAAGAAGUUCUUGAGCAUUUCUGUUGGCCCAAUCAUCAUGACAUUUUCACACAAUGUAAAGCACAGCUGCUGUGCUCAAAUGAUGCAGAAAAGUAAAAAUUGCAAAAAAAUGGAGAUACAUGUUUUUCAUUGGACAGCGAUGAUUUGUAAAGCACCAACAAGCUAAUUGGUGCACAAUUCAUGUUUAAUGCUGGGGAUGUUUUAUUUUAUUGUAUUGUAAUAUUUAAUACCACAGUGUGGAAGAAGGCCAGGUUUCCUGGAUAAUUAUUUAGUUUUAAAAGAGUGAUCAGUGGUGAAUACUACCUACCAUAUUUGCUAGAAGCUGUGACUUAAUGUAUGUAAAUUAUAUUGCCUGAUAAAGUCUAUUAUUUAAUGUAA